UCAGCUCAAGUCUCCGCCAGCCCGGCGUCAGCCCCGCCCUUCUUCUCCUAGUGGGUACUCGGAGGCCCGAUCCGGCCUCCCCACUCCAGUCCGAAUACUGUCGGAUCCCUUGACUCUUCCAGCACCGCCGGACUUUGUGCGCUAAGGGCGCGCAUGGCGGCGGUGGGGCCCCGGACUGGCCCCGGCUCCGGGGCCGAGGCGUUGGCACUGGCGGCAGAGCUGCAGGGCGAGGCCACAUGCUCCAUCUGCCUGGAGCUCUUCCGCGAGCCUGUGUCCGUGGAGUGCGGUCACAGCUUCUGCCGCGCCUGUAUCGCGCGCUGCUGGGAGCGUCCCGGCACAGGAACGAUCGCAGUACCGCGCGCGCUGCCUUGUCCGCUGCCCUGCCCACAGUGCAGAGAACCCGUGCGUCCCGGACAGCUGCGGCCCAACAGGCAGCUGGCCUCAGUGGCCACGCUGCUGCGGCGCUUCAGCCUGCCUGCGGCCGCGCCCGGAGAACACCGGCCCCCGGAGGCGGCGGUGGCCGGCUGCGUACAGCAUGGCGAACCGCUCAAGCUCUACUGCCAGGACGACGGACGCGCCAUUUGCGUGGUGUGCGACCGCGCCCGCGAACACCGCGCGCACGCAGUGUUGCCGCUAGACGAGGCUGUUCAGGAAGCUAAGGAACUCCUGGAGUCCAGGCUGAAGGUCUUGAGGAAGGAUCUGGAAGACUAUGAGGUGUCUCGUUCCACUGAAGAGAAGGAGAGCAAGGAGCUCCUGAAGCAGAUGGCAGCUGAGCGAGAGAAGGUGGGUGCAGAGUUCCAGGCACUGCGGGCCUUCCUGGUGGAACAGGAGGGCCGGCUCCUGGGCCGCCUGGAAGAACUGUCACGGGAGGUGACACAGAAGCAGAAUGAGAACAUAGCUCAGCUGGAGGGUGAAAUCACCCAGCUCUCCAAGCUCAGCAGCCAGAUCCAGGAGACAUCUCGAAAGCCUGACCUUGAGUUUCUCCAGGAAUUCAAAAACACACUAAGCAGAUGCAGCAAUGUGCCUGGCCCCAAGCCAACCACAGUGUCUUCUGAGAUGAAGAAUAAAGUCUGGAAUGUUUCCCUCAAGACCUUUGUUUUAAAGGGGCUGCUCAAGAAGUUCAAAGAGGAUCUUCGGGGAGAGCUAGAGAAAGAGGAGAAAGUGGAGCUGACCUUGGACCCUGACACUGCCAACCCCCGCCUCAUCCUCUCUCUGGAUCUUAAGAGCGUGCGCCUGGGACAGCGGGCGCAGGACUUGCCCUGCCACCCACGCCGCUUUGACACCAACACGCGAGUCCUGGCGUCCUGCGGCUUCUCCUCCGGGCGGCACCACUGGGAGGUGGAAGUGGGCUCCAAGGACGGCUGGGCCUUCGGCGUGGCGCGAGAGAGCGUGCGCCGCAAGGGCCUCACGCCCUUCACCCCUGAGGAGGGCGUCUGGGCGCUGCAGCUCAACAGCGGGAAGUACUGGGCGGUGACUAGCCCCGAACGGACGCCCCUCAGCUGUGGCCACCUGUCCCGCGUUCGGGUGGCCCUGGAUCUGGAGGUGGGGGCCGUGUCCUUCUACGCCGUGGAGGACAUGCGCCACCUCUACACCUUCCGCGUCAACUUCCACGAGCGCGUGUUCCCUCUUUUCUCCGUCUGCUCCACCGGUACCUACUUGCGAAUCUGGCCUUGAGAAUCUGGUCUGUGUCCGGCCUCCCAGAGGGGAUGUCGAGAGUGAAUGGCUCUCCCUGCUAGCUGCCCAUGGGGAGCAAUGCUGCCCUCUGGCGGAGGCUCCUGGUUACUGUGGGCCUGCCCUCCAGACUGGCCUGGGCUCCUGCAGACCACGACAUUGGGGACAGAGAACAGGCGAUUGUGGAAAAGGGUUCGGUGGUCAGCUGAGCAGAGAAGGAGAUGCCUUGGACCGUUGGCGCCUGUCCUCUGCCUGUUGUUGACAUGUGGAUUUGGCCUGAGCUGUGAGGACUUGGAGGUGGGUGAGGACAGGAAUCCAGCUAUUGACAAAGCUGUUUCCCAUCACUGAAGCUUACUACCUGGACUUAGCAGGGCCUCUGGUUCUGAAGCAAUACCGAGUCUAGUACUGUCCUCAGGUGCAAGGAGGCAAGUUCAGGCCCAGCCAGCCAGGUUCAUGACCACUUCUGCUUUGCCUUCUUGUCAGCUGCCAGCUCUGCCUUCAGAUACCUGGAUUCAUCCAGCUCGCCUGACCUCAUUUAUUCAGGGAGGAGUGCUGUACUCCCAGGUCAGAGAACAGCCUGGACAGAACUGGAAGGAGAUUCUUGACUUGUACAUGAAAGGAAAGCCCAGAACAACGGCAUUUGUCACGGCUACCUUCCAAUACCCCUUACUGAUGAUACAGAAUGAUAUGUACAUCCUCUGCCACAGUGACAGCCACGUGUUCUCACACAUGCCUAAACCUUUUUCAAAUGCCAAAAUAUAGUCUCCUUUGAGUAAGGAGACCAAAUGCUAUGGAAUUUUGAAGCAUUAAACAGCACUUAUAAUUUUACAGAUGCAACUAACAUCAGCAUGAUGCACUAACAUCAGCACAGAGCACAAACCUGCCCCUGACAUACUCUUUCUGGAACUUGCCAAAUGUGUGCCAAGAGCAGAUGAUCCUGGUGCCAAGGUCUGCUCAACCUGUGCCCUGGUGUGGGGUAUAAUUCCCUUGGCUAAUUGUUCCCCAGCCUCUGUUUGGGCGGGCUUCUGGGAGGCGGUUGUGGGCAAUUUCCUGUCUAGUGCUCCCCUGGCAAGGGGGAUGAGGAGAAGGAAAUACAAACUCUGAGCUCA